CCGUCGGUGAGUCGUCCGCGAGGCUGCCGCCUCGUAUCCGCACAGAGCAGGAUCGCGCCAACUCGUCCCGUCCGGCCGUAGAGGAAAGAGGGAAAAAAGAAACGAAACGUAGAAAAGAUAGCCCGGGUCAGCGACCCCGUCGACCCAGGUCCGCGCGCGCGGUGCUUGAAUUUUCGCCGAGCAAGUCCGGGGUCUCUCCGGUUUACGAUGCGAGCGGGGACGUAACGUUCGCCGGAGGAGGACGUGGACAGAACGAGGGGCGGGCCGCCGCGCUCAUCCUUGGUCUUCGCGCCUCGAGCCUGUGGAAGACUCGUCCGCCGCGAUCAUACAUUUGCACCCCCGCGAGUUGAUAUCCCGCGUUACGUAACAUGGUAGAGAGCAUUUAUGCGAGCGACUCGCCGAGAUCACGCUCGCCCAUGACGGAGCCGUCGAGUCCGCUGCACUCGGAUGGUCCCGGUAUAUCCGGCUACGGCCACAGCUACCUGUACAGCUACUCGCCGGACGCGCAGAAUCACAUAUCGGCGGUGACCAGGCGCAACAAUCAGAACGAGACGGCCGCCGAUGCCGCGCACGAGCGCACGUUCGCCAGGAGCCCGAUCGGCACGGAGGAGACGAUGCCGCGGCACCGCCACGGCGCCCGCGAACCUCUCGUCCCCUCGCGACCCGCCACCGGCACCUCCGCCUCCACCAUGUCGUCCCCCACCUCGCUCUUCACCAUCGACAGCAUCCUGGCGCCGAGGCCGAUCGGCAACGUAGUCGCGCCUACGAGCACCACCACCGUCGCCACGUCCAUCAUCCAGACGCCGGAGACGAUCGAGUCGGCCACCGCCGGUCGCACCACCGCCGCGGCGAUGCACCCGCUGCAGCAGCAGCUGCACCACUUGGCGUUCACCUCGGCGGAUUUUCUCGCCGCGGCAUAUCCAGGACUGUAUCCCGGGGGAUACGUGGCGGCGAUGGCCGCCGCCGGCGUUUCCCUGCACGGACAGCCGGCCUUCUAUCACACCGGCCAUCCCUACCAGAUAAAUCCCAACAAUCCGGGAAUGGGCCCGAUGGCGAAGAGGAAGCGUCGCCAUCGAACGAUCUUCACGGAGGAGCAGCUGGAACAGUUGGAGGCCACCUUCGACAAGACGCAUUAUCCUGACGUGCUCCUGCGGGAACAGCUGGCCCUCCAGGUCGACCUCAAGGAGGAGAGGAUCGAGGUAUGGUUCAAGAAUCGUCGCGCUAAGUGGCGGAAGCAGAAGCGGGAGGAACAGGACCGCAUCCGGAAGCUGCAGCUGGAGCAGCGCCAGCGCACCGACGACGGCGGCGCCGCGACGACGGUGCUGGUGGGUGACCGCCUGGGCCUGAGCAGGCAGCAGCAACAGCAGCAGCAGCAUCAGCAGAAGCUCGAGCAGGACACGGACAGCUCCGACCUCGAGGUAGCGUAGUGCGGCCGUGGUG